GCGCCGCCGCGAGCAGGCCCGUGGCAGCGGCGAGGGCCGCGCCUCAGGAUCUGGUGGACACUCGGCUUCUGGCGAAGCCGAAGGCGUUCGGAGGCAACGAGGACGAGUGGCCAGGGUGGAGCUUCAAGAUGCUCGCAUACCUCGGAGCUCUCGACGAGCAGAUGGCCAACGAGCUGACGGCGGCCAUGACGUUCCCGCUGGAGGAAGUGAGGAACGCGAGACUCCUGGAGGAGGGAGCGAGUCAGCGCAGUCGCCAGCUGUACUUCAUCCUCGUCCUGCUGCUGGAAGGAGCCGCACUACAGCUCAUCAAGCCAGUCGGCGUCGGAGAAGGGUAUCGGGCGUGGAGGACGUUGCAAGACAUAUACGAGCCCGACAGACCAGGUCGCCAUGCAGGACUGCUGCAAGAGCUGAUCGCGUUCCAGUUCCCAGAGGACAACAUCGUGGGGAUGCUGGCGGACUUCGACUUCAAAGUCACGAAGUACGAGAGCCAGAGCCACGAGAGGAUUGGGGACAGGAUCAAGAUGGCGAUCCUUCAGCGGGGGAUUCAGGACGAGGCUCUUCGAGCGCACCUGGUCCACAACGCGUCGAGGCUAGUCACGUGGGAGCUCAUGCGCAACGAAGUGCACAUGGUGAUCUCGACGAGGAGCGCCAUCUCAGCAGUGCCGCCACCAGUUCCGAUGGACACGAGCGCGGUGGAGAAGGCGAGGCGCGAGGCGGCGUGGAAGGGCAAAGGAAAGAAGGGCAAGGAAGGCAAGGGCAGGAAGGGCAAGGGCGGCGACAACUCCACGGACCAGAAGAGCCAGGCGGCCAAGGACAGGGCCGAGAAACGAUGCUUCCACUGCCACAAGACAGGUCACGUCAAGAGCGAGUGCAGGAAGUUCCUCGCAGAGCAGAAGAAGAAGAAGGGCACCAACGCAGUCGAGCAGGAGUCGAAGCCGACGGGAGCUCCACCAGCGGCGAGCGCCGCGGGGAGCGCGGCGCCAGUGAUGGCGAUCGCAACCGAGAGCGGGGCAGAGCCAUUGUGGUGCCUCGCGAUCGAGCUGGGAGAAGGGCGGCCAUCCUUGGUCGGAGCCAGCCCGAUCGAGCGGCUGAGCCCGCCAGAGGCGUCAAACGAGCACGCGCAGCCGAGGCAGCCAUUCUUGGUCGGGGCCAGCCCGAUCGAGCAGCUGAGUCAGCCAGGGGCAGCAAACGAGCACGAGACGUUCGAGAGCAAGGAGAUCAUCGGUAUCAAUGAGCACUGGGUCAUGGUGGAUUCGGGUGCUGCGCGAUCGGUGUGUCCGCCGAGUCACGGGGCCCACGAGACACUCAGAGACCUGAGCGAGCGCAUCAGGCUGGUCGGAGCGAGCGGCGACGACAUCCCGUGCCACGGCGAGCGCUUCGUCACGUACGCGAAGGGCGGGCACAAGAUCGGGGUGGACUACAAGGUCGCCGACGUCAAGAGGCCGGUGCUGGGCGUGUCGCAGGCGGUCGACAAGGGCACGUCGUGGGUAUUCACGCCGAGCGGGAGCUACAUGAUCCCGAAGCCGAUCGAGUUCUCGGACCCAGACGCCGUGCCGCUGGUCAGGCGCAACGACUUGUUCUACCUCAAGAUGGACAGGUACGGUGAAGGCGUCAAGAACUCGCUCGUCAUGCCGGUGCGGGGCGAGGCCGAGGCGAGCGAGCCAGCAGCGCAGGCAGUGCUCGAGGAGUCCGUGCCAGUUCGAGUCAAGAAGGAUCCAGUGAAGCCAAGCCUGGCCGAGCAGAGGACGCACGAGCUGGUGCGCAUCCCUGCGAGGUCCUGGUGUUGGGUGUGCGUCAGAUCCAAGUUCACGGACGACCCGCACUACAAGGACGGGCACGAGCGCACGGGCGACGAGGUCCAGAUCGACUACUACUUCCUGGGCCAGCUGAGCAUCCUCAACAUGGUGCACAUGAACUCCCAAGCUAUUCAUGGCAUCAUGGGGCCGAAGGGUACCGACGCCUACAUGGUCAAGACAGCGGUCGCCACCAUCGAGAACUGGGGGCUGGAUCGCAUCGUGCUGAAGCACGACCAGGAGGCGUCGAUCACGGCCCUGGCGAGGGAGAUCAAGGCUCAGCGGAAGGCGCCCACGAUGAUCGAGUCAGCUCAGCGGGCUAACCAUCAAGGAGUCGGUGGAGUGGAGCGCGCCAACGAGGAGCUCGGCAAGCAGAUCAGGGCGCUGCUGUUCUCGGUGGGCGACAACUACAAGCGGGAGCUCCCAGCCGAGCAUGGGCUUCUACCUUGGCUCAUUCGGCACGCUGGCUGGCAGCUCAACCGCUUCACGGUGCACGGCAACGGCAAGACGACCUACGAGGUGCUCAAGGGGAGGCCGUAUCGGGGCGAGCUCGUCAACUUCGCGGAGUGCGUUUGGGCGAGGGACCCCACGCCGACCUCCAAGCUGCAGCCUCGGUGGCACGCGGCGGUGUGGCUGGGCAAGACAGAGGUUUCGGACGAGCACCUGGUGGCGGGUCCAACGCGCACGACGAGGGUGCGCACGGUGAGACGGCGACCAGAGGGCGAGCGGUUCGUGCUGGAGGAGCUGGACAAGUUCGCUGGGGUGCCGUGGGACAUGCACCGGGCUCCACAGAUCGGCAUCGUGCCGACGGGAGCGCCCCAGGUGGAGCCGAACCAGCAGCGGCUGAUGCCGCCACCUCCACCACCGCCGGUGGUCUUACCGGCUGCGGGCCCGGAGGCGCUGGCGCCACCAGCGAUGGUCGGGCCGGCGCCGCCCGCGGGGCCAGGAGGCGCAGGGCUGAGGUCGACGUACACCACGAGGGCGUUGGUCGACAAGUACGGCUGGACCCCCAUGUGCCCGAGGUGCGUCACAGGCAUGGGAUCGCACAGCGAGGAGUGCCGGAAGAGGAUCGAGAACGAGCUGCGCAAGGAAGAGAUGGCCAGGGCAGCGGCGGAGGGCGAGGCGUCGGCGAAGAGGCCGCGCCAGACAGCGGCGAUCACAGUCGGGUCGCUCGCGGUCGGGGCCUUCGCGGAGAUCAAUCCCUGCACGUACGAGGGCCUGGACCAGCAGUCCCACGAGGAGCUCGAGACGGUCACGGAGAUCGAGAGCUGCGAGCCGCUGGAGAUCGGGAUGUUCGAGGUCAGCUCCGUCGAGCCGGCGGCGAUCACGGUCCUGCCAGACACGGAGAAGCACGUGUACGACGCGAGGAGCGGGAAGGAGCUCCCCAGGGACCUGGUCAGGCGCGGGCGCGAGGCCGAGAUCGAGGAGAUGCGGCGACACGGCGUCUUCGAGGAGGUCCGCGUGGCCGAGAGCCGGGGCAAGGUGGUGCGUUUCAAGUGGGUCGAGGACCUGCGCACCAAGGACGGCAACCCCUUCGUCCGGUCCCGAGGCGUCGCCAUGGAGAUCAACACGUACGGCCGAGAGGACUGCAACGCGGGCACGCCGCCGAUCGCCAUCGUCAGGGCGAUCCGCAAGAUCAGGUGGACGGGCAAGGGGUUCGUCUGGAUCGGGGACACGAAGCACGUGACGAGGUGCGUAGAGCUGCUGGGCCUUACGGAGUGCAAGCCGGCGGACACGCCUGGGAGCAAGGCCACGGGCAAGAGCGUCCGGGAGGCGCUGGACCCACUUCCGCACGACGAGGCGAAGCUCUACCAGCAGGUCGCGGGGCUCGUCAACUACGUGGCGGUAGACAGGCCGGACAUCCAGUUCGCUGUGAAGGUGAUCCUCACGGACAUGGGGAAGCCCACAGUCAUCAGCAUGCUUAGGCUGAGGCGGUGCGUGCGGUAUCUCCACGGUCGGCGCGAGCUCGGGUGGUUCUACGAGAAGCAGGAGAUGCCCAAGGAGGUUCUCUACGAGACGGACUCGGACUGGGCAGAGGAUGAGAUCACGAGGAAAUCGACCAGGACGGCUUCUUUGGCAGCCAUGGAGACCCAGGUGGCAUCGCAGCCCGUCGUCGCGCUCAGCAGCGGAGAGGCCGAUGCGAUCAUGAUGCGGCAGUUCUACCAGCAGUGUGGCAUCGAGGUCGCGUCGAAGGUUCACAGCGACUCGAAUGCAGGCAGGGCGAUCGCGACGCGGAUCGGCAGUGGCAAGGUACGGCAUCUACAGAUACGAGAUCUGUGGGUGCAGGAACGAGUCAGGCUCGGCGAGUUGCAGCUCGGUCGAGUCGACACGGAGAGCAACAGGAGCGACUUGGGGACCAAGCAUCUGGACGGCAAGCGGGUGCUCAAGUUGCUGGAGAUGUCCAACCUGCGGCUUCUGACCAAGGGGCUCGCCGCAGGUGUGGGCGUCACUUUCGCAGAGGCGGCCGAGCAUGGAGACAAGCAGUGCUCCGCAGCCGCCGACGACGAGGUCGAGUCGAACAUCGGCUCGAUCGUUCUCGCUAUGAUCAUGUUCAUCAUCGUGCUGGUGCUCGUGGUCAAGGGCGCAGUUGUGUGCACGAGAGGGGCGGUGCAGCUCUUCUCAUCGAGGGCGGCGAGUGCCGCCCCACCAGCGGGAGCGGCGAGGGCUGCCCCGCGGGCCGACGGCACGGCGAGGCCCGAGGCGGCGUCGAAGGACGCGCCUGAGGGGCAUGUCGUUUCUCGGGCAGCGGCGAUAGCUGCGCCUGAGCGGGUCGCCGAAGGGCGAGACCUCGGUACGGAGUACCUCGGGAAGAUGCUGGCUGAGGCCACCGUGGCAGAGCUCAAGGAGGAGCUCAGGUGGCGGAAGCUGCCAGUGGGCGGCUUGAAGGCGGACCUCAUCGUCCGUCUGACGAAGGACGGCGGCCAGCACAUGGCCAGCAGUGAGGGGCUGGCUGCAGCGGCAUGGGCCGCGCGGCUGGUUCCAGGCAGGAUGCCUAUCCGAGCGUUCCGCUCGGAUGCGAGUUUAGGCUCGCACCUAGGCGCGCUUCUCAGCAGCACGGGGUAG